UAUGGCGACCGGCGUAACUAGUGACCAUGUGAGAAGCGAAGGAAUUGAAAUGACACAAAAAUCACUAGACUGUUCGCGAAUCGCGAUGAGUCCUCCAUCAGAAAACGCUGUCGGUGGCAAUGAUAUUUUAGGGUCACAAGAGGUCACGUGUAACACCCUCAGUUCUCAACUGGCAGGUACCUUAAACUUUGCAAACAAAAAUGGACAAUCGAUUUCUGCAUUCCCAAUAAUUGUGGAUUUCCGGCGCCUAAUUCAGGCUGUCAAAGAACUCUGCAAACGGCAGCAGCAUUAUUCCUGGGCGAACGGCUGUGCAGAGAGCCUCAACACAUUUGACAAGGGCAGGUUGCUGCAUCAGACAACUAACCAAGAACUACUGCAUGCUGUGGUCGGCCUAUUUGAUGUGUCUCUGUCAGAGAUGACUGCUGAUGUGUUAUACGCAAGUGUGUGUGACAAAUGGGCAAAAACUAUCCUACUUAUCCAAGACCUGAAAGAAGCAAUUAAGGCCUUGGAGGAGCGGAAAAAUAGACCAAAAAAAACAGAGGAAGAACAUAAACCAGAGAGUGAAGAAGAGGACAAAGAAACUGGCCCCGAGUGUUCUGACGUAAAGGAAUGUGUGCAGGAGGAUGUGUAUGAACCUGAGGAGUCUCCAGCCAGUCUCUUCGCAGAGGUAUUCAGUGAUACGGAGUCAGAGGAAGAAGAAGACGAUGAGAGCGACGAUGAAGAUUUUUCCAAAGGAAUACACAGCUUCAUCAAAUCGGUGUCAGAAAGAAAACAAAUCAGAGAGAAGAGUCAGUGUAUUGAAUCCAGUCACGUGGGAAUAGAAAACAGAAUUGUGGGCUGUCUUACCUUCGAGAAAAAGUAUAUUAACCACACUGUCAAGGUUGUGCAUCUGACGCUUCUCACCGUUCGACGGAGGUGUAGAAAAUUUGGUAUUGGUCGAUAUCUGAUGAAGCAAGUUUUAGAUCCCUCUGUUGUUGGACCUUAUGAUGCCGUCGUGGUUCAUGCAGACAAUGGAGCCCUGGACUUUUUCCAGCGUUGUGGAUUCUCAGACGAUGUUGUAUUGAACAGCCGGUGGAGUGAGUUAGCUGAACAGUUUACCAACUGCACGUUGAUGUGCUACCUACCAGGUUUUUCAGACCCAACAUUUCCAGGUGAAUUGAUGGAAAAGUGCAAAAGUCUUAUAGAAUUGGACAAGGAGAUGAAAAACUGGAAGGAGAAGAGUGUGGAGGCGUACCAAGCUCAGGUGACAUGUCACAUGAGGAUGAGACAGGAGAUUCUGCAGCUUCACAAACUGGCCAUGUCUCAAAGAUCUUUUAUUGAUGAAUUGACUCAACAGAAUGAGAAACUGUACAAAGAGAAGUUGACAUUAGGUCAAGAUUUGCUGGACUCACGGAUGGACAGUAUUGUAUCAACAGUUAAGGGACCCCAUCAUCAGUAUCCUAUACCUGCUGAUGGGGAGGAUGGUGAAGAUGUUGACACCCACAGCGUGAUGCGGGAACUAGAACGGCGUGUGGAGAUGAUUGACAUGAUGAGGCGCUCCCGACAGCGUAACCCGCUCCUAGACACUGACGGAGGACGCAGCUACAGAGCUGCUGAGGAAGCAUUUGUACGUAGCCAAGUAGAACCAUAUGAUCACACGCAGGACGCAGCUGACUUCUACUCCAUCACAGAGCGGUUUAAAACUAAGAUGGCGGCUGACAAGUCACUUACAGAGAGCUAUGAGGUCUCCAUGAUCACAAAGGCCUGUCUGAGCCGUGAAGCAGAGUCUAACUUCUGGCUGUGCCUUGCCACCAUGGUGGAUCCAUCCUGCAGCGUGCAGCUGUACUACUGUGGUUCAGCAGACACCCCAAACAGACUCCAGGCGAUUCUCAAAGAUGGCUUCUCAAGGGCAGAUUUUUCUCAAGGCAGUUAUGGACAAGGAAUUUACUUUUCUGAGUAUCCCUCCAAAGCUGCUAAAUUUUCAGUGACAGGGAAACUAAUUCUAGCUGAUGUCGUUAUUGGGAAACAUAAGUCAUUGUUUGAUGUGAACCCAGAUUUGAAAUCUCCUGGCACAGGGUUUGAUUCUGUUCUGUGCCCUGGUCGUCUAUCUACCCAAAGAGCUAAUAACCAAGAUCCCAACACUGAAGAGUUCAUAAUAUUUAACUCAUCACAGGCUAAGCCUCUAUGUUUAAUUUCCUAUCAGGCUGUUAAAACAAAGGUUUGACCAAUUCAAUAAUUUAGGAAGGAAUAAUUUACACAGUUAUAAAGCCAUCUGAUAUAAAGCCACUCCAUUUCAUCAGUAUUUUUUCGCAACAUAAAUGUGUGUGCAGGUGUGUGUGUUUACACAAGUGUGUGUGUUUACAUAAGUGUGUGUUUACAUAAGUGUGUGUUUACACAGGUGUAUGUGUUUACAUAGGUGUGUGAGUUUACAUAAGUGAAUUACUAACCAGUAUAUUUUAAAAAAGUUCCUGCAUUGAAAUCCUUUGAAUCAUCUUGCAAGUUUCUUUUAAUCUGUAUUGUUAGUCUUUAAACUUGUUACAUAUACCGUAGAGACUUUUGUAUUCGUAAAUUCAGCAGAUCUUCAGUUGAUGUACACUAUCCAUGUCAUCAAAUCUGUCUUUGAACACUGGUUGAAGAUUGUCAAGCUUUCAGGUUUGCUAAUUUAAAUGUUACAAUUUUAUCAUUUAUUGUCGCCCAGGAAGGUGGUCUGUCAGUGUCAAGAGGCAAAUUGUCUUCUGGUGUAGUAUUGAUUGUUUUAGCCUGUUUUUAUUGAAUGUCUGUAGUCAUCUGAUCUACUUAUUCAUUUAGUAUCAGUUGGGCCAUAUUUAACACAUGGGAUAUAUUUAUCAUAUGGCCAUAUUUAUGACGGACCAUAUUUAUCAGAAUGGCCAUAUCAUUUAUCAUGUGGGUCACAUUAUUUAUCAUGUGGGUUAUAGUACAUAUCAUAUCGGCCAAAGCAUGUAUCACACCGGGCA